ACACACACACACCGUAACAUAGACACGAGGUGUUGAUCUGUGGAGUACACACACACACACACACACACACAGGCGCGGAAUAUCCUAAAGCUCCUGUUCCAAACUUUACCGAGACAUCAUUGUGCCUGGACCGAGAGCGGCGCUGGGGCUGAAGCAGAAGCCGGCAGUGCGCGUCUGUGUGCGCUGUGAAUGAGAUCCGCCGGGCUGCCAGCUGACGCCUAUUCGGACACGUCAGUCCGGGACUGCUUGACUGCUGUCUGAUGUCACGCGCCGUGUUUUUCCGCCGUUUGCACUUCUGCAAAAAAAACAGUGAGGUGAAGUGAGCGGAAGGUCAUCCGAAAAGGCAUGUCAACUGAUCCAAGAUCAUUAUUCACAUCUUAAUCAUUCUUUUCAGCGCUGCGAUUUGCAAAACUGGGAAUUGUCUGGGAAGUGACUGAAGAACCAAGCACUUAAACAAGCACUUUCAGGAGGUGAGGAAAGUCCUGGGAGAAUGUGGAGUCGUGGGGUGAAGCAUGAGCUGCCGGUGUGUUGCUUUUAGACUGGCGUGUCUCAUGUGUCCAUGGGAGUGUAUUUUACUAAGCCUCCACUGCUGGGUUGUAGCCUCGGCCACAGGCUCACGGGAUGCUGCUGGCCCAUACGGCUGGCUCCUUUCAGACAAAGGGCCUUUUCAUCAGUCGCAGGAAUUUACAGAGUUUGUGGAGCGCUAUCAACAGGGCUUCACCACCAGGUACAAAAUUUACAGAGAGUUUGGACGCUGGAAGGUGAACAGCUUGGCUCUGGAAAGAGAAGACAAUGGCAUUGCCUUGCCCCUCGACCCAGAGUUCAUGCAGACCAUCAGGCAGCUGGGCCGCCGUCCCACCCUCAGUGCCAUCACCGAAAACAUCAUCAAGAAAUACGGAACGCAUUUCCUGCUCUCAGCUACACUGGGAGGUGAAGAGGCUUUAACUAUUUUUGUAGACAAGAGGAGACUGAGCCGCACUGCCGACCCGACCGACUCCAAUAGCACAGCUGUGACUCUGGAGGCACUCCACCAGCUGGCUGCCUCCUACUUUAUAGACAGAGAGAGCACACUGCGCAAACUGCACCACCUCCAGAUCGCCUCAACUGCCAUCAAGGUUACAGAAACAAGGACGGGGCCUCUAGGAUGCAGUAACUAUGACAAUCUUGAUUCUGUCAGUUCAGUCUUGGUUCAGAGCCCUGAGAACAAGAUUUACUUACAAGGGCUUCAAGCGAUCCUGCCUCGGUACCUGAAGAGCCGAUUUGUCCAGGCAGCCCUCAGCUAUAUCAGCUGCCACUCCGAGGGCCAGUUUAGGUGCAAGGACAAUGACUGCUGGUGCGAAUGCAGUGUGGAUUUCCCCCAAUGCAACUGUCCCACUGAGACCCUGGAAGCCAUGCAGGACAGCCUGAGGCACAUCAGAGAGUCCUGGGCCCAAGCCAAUCAUGAGUUUGAAGAGUCAGACGAGUUCCAGAAUUUUGUGCGAAGAUUACCAACGUUCUACGCUCUCAACACAUCUGCUAUAAGGUACUUUUGGAAAAUGGACCCGGCUGUACACCAACGCUUUCAGCUGCUGGAGACUAACACUCGACAGCUUCUCGGCAAAGCACAGCGGAUUGUCAGCAAGCUUUUCACUCUCAGCAAGAGGUGUCGAAGUCAGCCCAAAAUAUCUGUGCCCAAAGAGAGGUCUUACAACUACUGGCUGAACUACAUCCUUUCCCUUAUGUACUGCAGCGAAAAUAAUCAGCUAGGCACAUAUAUGGAAGAGAGGAGGGUGUGCUCAUGUCAGCAUGAGACUCCAACCUGCCAAGGUAUCAUACCGUGCACGGUGGGUGAGGGGCCACUUUGUUCCUCCUGCUCCUAUGAGAACCGAUCACGGUGUGCCAGCUGUAAUCCAGGUUAUACCCUGAGUCAAGGGAUGUGCAGGAACAUCAUCCCUGACUCCACUGAUAAUUACAUAGGUUUUGAGACAGAUCUCCAAGACCUCGAGUUGCGCUAUCUCCUCCAAAAGCGAGACGGCCGAAUCAGCAUCCAUGCCAUGUUCAUUAGCAACGAUGUGAGGCUGAACAACUGGUUUGACCCUUCCUGGAGGAAAAGGAUGCUCCUGACACUGAAAAGCAACAAGUUUAAGUCUACUCAUGUGCACAUGCUUUUGGGGAUUUCCCUACAGAUCUGCCUUACUAAGAACAGCACAUUGGAGCCUGUGUUGUCUAUCUACAUUAACCCGUUUGGAGGGAGUCACUCAGAGAGCUGGAUCAUGCCCAUAGACCAGAACAAUUACCCUGACUGGAAGAGGACCAAAUUGGAGAUUCCUCUUGACUGUUAUAACUGGACCCUCACUCUGGGAAACAAAUGGAAGACAUUUUUUGAGACUGUACACAUAUACCUGCGGAGUCGCGUCAAAACAGCAUCAGCGCAUGGAAACAGUACGGCCUAUUACGAGCCACUGGAAUACAUGGAUUCCUCACGGAAUCUGGGUUAUAUGAAAAUCAACAGCAUGCAGCUGUUUGGUUACAGCAUGCACUUUGAUCCUGAAGCAAUCCAGGACUUGAUCCUGCAGCUGGACUAUCCGUACACACAAGGAUCUCGCGAUUCAGCCCUGCUGCAGCUGCUGGAGAUACGAGACCGAGUUAAUAGACUGUCUCCACCAGGCCAGCAGCCCCUGGAUCUGUUCUCCUGCUUACUGCGCCAUCGGCUCAAACUCUCCACUAAUGACGUGGUCCGAAUUCAGGUUGCUUUACAGGCCUUUAGUGCCAAGCAGCCAAACUCAAUGGAGUACGAAACCACAAAACUAUGUAGCUAAUCAGACACUUUACUCUGUUUCUAACACUAAAUCAUCAACCAGAUCACACUUUGAAGAAUUCAGCUUCUUUUUCUUUUAAUCCGGAACAUUAAUUAUGGCUUUCAGGGGGCGACUGAAGUGCAUACAUUGCUAUUUCAUUUACAAAAUACAUUCAUGGUUUCUAGUGUUAUUCUGUAAUAAUGUACAUACAUUUCAUUUACAUAUCGCUUAUUAAUAUUGAUAGAGUAGAUUAAAUGUAAAUCAUUGGAAUUUAUCUUUCAGUAUACUUUUGAUUUCAUCACUCGUGCAAAAACAACCCUACCCAUGUAAACUGAAGACAACACCAAGAUGAAUCUAGAGCUCUUCAUCUGUACAGCACUAUCUGUCGAUUCUGUAACACUCCUCUAUAUCUGUAUCUGCUUCAGCAGCAGUUGAGUUUAAUGGUAGAAAUAUUUUUAAGAUAUUUGUACAAAAGCAUUAUGACUAUAGGAAUAAUUUUGUUUAAAAAAAGACAUAUGUCCUAACUUUA